UGAAGCGCCUCCUCUCCACCAUCGGCGUCCACCCCACCGUCAUAGAAUUGGAGGAAGACGAGAUCGGCGCACUCAGCCCACGCGAUAACAACAACGAGGACUCCUCGACCGUCCUCGGCGGCGCAUCUGGAGCUCCGGCUUUGUACAUAGGCGGCGCGUGCGUUGGUGGGCUGGAGAGUCUUGUGGCGUUGCACUUGAGUAAUAAUCUGGUUCCUAAGCUUGUUGAAGUUGGUGCCCUCAGAAAUGAAUUUCUAAUUAAUUAAUUAGGUAAAUUAAGUUUUAUUAUUAAUUUGUGAUCAUUAAUUAGUGAUGUUAUUGUAAUUUUAGACCCCCAUCCCCCCUCCCAAAAAACAAAAAAAAAAAGAAGAAUUAAGAGUUGUUAAUUAGGAGAGGAAAAAAAAUAAAUAGUUUUCUUCUUCCUAUCUUAAUACUAUUGCUUGUAAGUUUGC